AGAUGCUUUCCUAAAGGCUCUGGAUUCUGAAUAGCGGUAGCGACUCAGAACGGCGGCACCGCAAUGCUGGGGAAGCUAACCUCUCGCCUGUCACAAUUAACUUUCACCAAUGAUGUGCUCUUGCUUUAGGGGAAGGCGGAGUUAGGAGUUAGUGCCGGGGCCAUAAAUAACAGGGUCCCAAGCCAGGGGAAUGAGAAGUCGUUACGGUACGCAUCUGCUGGGAGCCAGCAUUAGAGGGCUUCCCCUGACCAGCCCAGGCUGCUGCAAGCCAACGGCAGGCGGAACAAACCGGGCAGCUCGGAGGACGUUUAAGCUCUAAAAGCCAUCAGCAAAGAAGCCUUCGUUUCUGCUGGGCAGCAUGAAGCCCGUGGUGAGCACGUCGCUGCUGUCCGUGCUGCUGCUGCUGGCCCCCCGCGCCCGGGAGCUGGCCGAGGCGUGCAGCUGCGCCCCUGCGCACCCCCAGCACCUCAUCUGCGACGCCGCGCUGGUAAUUCGAGCAAAAAUAAUCAGCGAAAAGGUGGUUCCUGCCAGUGAUGACCCUCUUGAUACCCACAAAAUGAUCCGGUAUGAAAUCAAACAAAUAAAGAUGUUUAAAGGAUUUGAAAAGCUGAAGGAUGUCCAGUAUGUCUAUACCCCUUUUGAUUCAUCACUCUGUGGAGUGAAACUAGAAGCUAACAACAAAAAACAGUAUCUUUUGACAGGCCAGAUUUUAAGUGAUGGUAAAGUCCUCAUCCAUUUAUGUAACUACAUUGAACCAUGGGAUGAUUUAUCCUUGUCUCAAAAGAAGAGUCUUAAUCAGAGAUAUCAAAUGGGCUGUGGCUGCAAAAUUACUACCUGCUACAUGGUGCCCUGUUCAAUCACUGCACCAAAUGAGUGCCUCUGGACAGACUGGCUGAUCGAAAGAAAGCUAUAUGGGCACCAAGCCAAGCACUAUGCCUGCAUCAAGAGAAGCGACGGCACUUGCAGCUGGUACCGAGGUGGUCCUCCGCCAGAGAAAGAGUUUAUUGACAUCAGUGAACCUUAAAAUGAUCACUUCCUAAAAAGCCUUGGAGUCUAAUUCCAUGAAACACUGCACGCUCACAGCUUCGAACUGCCAUCGUCUAAUGUAUCUGUUGCUUAGAAACAAACACAAAUUGUCCUGUACAGCUAAAGUACGAGUCCAUGGAAUUGGCACUCAUGCAAGAGGAGGAACAAAUCUCCUGGAGGUAGCUACUCUGUAAAGUUAUGCUUUGUUCAGGGAGGCUCAAGCUGGGAAUGCUCCUCUGUGUCCUCUCCGGCAUAACAAGCUUCCCUUUUACCAAUGCGAAUGUGCAAGAACAAAAGAAUUGCCUGAAUUUUCCCCCUCUAUUUGUUAACCUACAGAGUAUGAGAGCCCCAUGUUUUACUCCAGAUCUCUCUGAUGAACUACAGAAUGUUUUAUAGAACUUUUUUUUUCUCUGUAUGAAGGUCUUCUGAUACAAAAGAAUUAUUGUACAGUGUAUAUGUAAAGUAUUAUAACUAUGUGCUAUAAGAAAGACUCAAAAAAUCCCUCUGUUUCCUUAUCUAUUGAAACAAGGUGGACACUUCUGUGAUUAAAACAAUCUGUGUGCCAUAGUUUGCAUGUUACUUAUGUUGUAGUUUUAUCUAGAGAGUUGUAACUGUUGAUAAGGAAGUUAAACCCCCUUGAUAAUCAAAGUCCUCUUACCCAAUCCAAUAUUCCUACGGAGCAGCUAUACCUUGUUCAAAGAGAAGGCAGAUGUUCCAAUGCUUCAGCAUUUUAGGGAACCCAUAGGAAUGAUGACAGGCUAAAAGUGCUUAUAUUUACAGAAAUCAUGUCCUCAUGGCAGCUGCAUCACUUGACAAUGCCUCUCUAUACAUGUGCUCAGGCCACUGGGUUUCAGCACUGUUAGAGCCUUGGCUUUAGAAACUCAUGUGAAAAUAUAUGCAAUAGAUGUUGAGUAACUUACACUGCAGGUGAUUUCUUAAAAGCUCUCCAAUAUUCAACCACAUUUAAUUAUUUACAUUCACAUUCAUGAAUUUUCAUUCCUGACUACACAUCAUACUCUGCCCACAUGAAUUUGCUAAGUUAGAAACUUACACUAUUUUUAAUGUAGUGUUUUGGUGCCCUUUCUGAACUGAUUACUGUAGUGAGUAACCACUCUCACAAGUAUUUAAGUUUACAAAAGUAAUUCAGCUCACAGGCAUAAAACUUACAAAAUGAAUUGGUAAAUGCCAAAGUUCAGACAUUUGUCCAACUGCUUAUGUGCUAGAAAUGGCACCAUCGUGUAGGGUAUGAAUCUGUAAUAGCUGGCAGUUCUGGUGUAUACCAGUUCACUGGGUUCCUUUCCCUUCAUUCCAGUGGGAAUUUAGAACAACAGGCAGAGAUUUAGCCCUUUCUGGUCUCAUUUGGUUAGAUUGGAUCUAUUUGAAGGUUUAACACAAACACUUUGCUCAUUCCUACUAACCACAGCGGGACAUUUCCAGCCUGUGGGCUCAUCAGGAAUCAGAGCUGUUACUGUCCAAGGGUUCAAGGGUCCAGUGUUCCAAAUAGUUCCUUUAGGCUGUUUGCUAUCCAAUCCUUCUAAAAGCGUUGGGACAUCGACUUGCAAAGAACAUAAGCACAUCUGUAAGCAUAGAGGCACCUCUAAUACCAUUCACUUUGAUGAAGCAGUACUUCGGACAUAAAAUGAAGCAUGUCUCAUGUAUCUUGGCAUAUCCACAUGGAUAUAUAACAUAGCCUUGCAAAAACACUUACAUAAAUGGUUUUUGUGGUCUAUUCUGCUCACCUUUCUAAUGUUGAUUUUGACAAUUGCAUUAACCCAUACUUAAAGGAUAGCUUUGGAAACACACUUGUAAGAAUAAAGAUUCUUAGUUACUUUUUUUUUGGUGGCUAAAAUUUCACAAUUCCAAUGAAAUGCAAACAUUCAAGGCAAACAGGGAGGCCUGCCAUUAUUCCUUUGAGGAAUUCAUGCCUUUUAACAGGUAGCAUUUUUAUUUACUGUAAAUCAGUUUUGCUAGUGUUAUGUACAAUCCUGAAUUAAAACACCCUAUGCUUCCAGAUGUAAAACUUAGCUCAUGUUCUGCUUUGCUAAAGGCAUAAAGAAUCACCUAAUGCUAAUUUGGACUUCUAAGAUAGAAUCCAACCUUCUACCGAACCCCUCCACAGCCACUUGACCAUGCCCCAAAGUGCCACCUCUACUUGUUUUUGAACACCUCCAGGGAUGGCGACUCCACCACCUCCCUGGGCAGCCUGUUCCAAUGCCUGAUCACUCUUUCAGUAAAGAAACUCUUCUUAAUGUCCAAGCUACAGAAAUCAAAUUAAAAAGCUUGCAUUUAUUCUUCCAAAAAGGAACAGGUUUUGCAGAGUCAAUAUCAACAGUGCUAUUUGCUGUCAGUGCAAUUACUCAUUUACAAAAAGACUUGAACUCAAGCCUUACACCCUCGGGUCAAACCAAACCCACUCCUAGACAAGCCUGCAAGAGCUUAAUAACCAUCCAGGGUCUGAACCAAGCACAUAGCUAAUUAAUAUGCAAUACAUGUACAAUGCAGCAUUUAUUUCCAAAUCCAUUUUGAUGCAAUGGUAUCUUUUGUGUAGCACUCUGCAGCAAAUGGAUAUUUCCUGCUUUUUUAACCUGUUUCAGUUUUAUAGCAAUUAGACCUUAAACUCAACUAACUCAGUUUGGACUGCCUUUGUUACAUACCUUGUGAAAUGUUUCCUGCAAUAUUUAUGGACUGUAAUAUUAAUUGUAUGCCAUAAUCACUUUAAAAGGCAUUUUUGUGUCUGAUCUGCCAUAAAAUAAUCCCAUAUGAGGUGUUCUAAAAUUAAUGGCCAUCCAGUUUCAUUUCUGCCUGAGCAUAAAGCUAAACUUUCCACAGUGGACAGGGCAAAGAUAUUUUCCUUUCCACCCAUCUCAAUAAAUAUGGUAAGAAAAGCUCUACAAAGCAGAAUGAUGGUUUAUUUCCCCUGAGAUUCAGCACUGGAAACGAUUAUGAAAUGGAUUCAGUACAAUACAACAUUCCAAAAUGUGUUAUUUUCCUAUCAAGAUUUUUUACUCUAGUGGCAUUGGUAUAUUAUCAACAGCAGAUUAUUUUUUACAGCAUUUUAUUUUUACUUCUUGAAACUGUCUAUGUAUCAUACAGAAGGUUAGACUAGAAAUCCAGCCUGGUGCAACAUUGGAUUUUAAAUGGGAAAUGACUCACAUGACUUAAAAGAGUAGAGAAAAGAACAGAAGGAGGAGACUGUGCAGGUGAAUGAUGGUAAAAACACCACCUUGAAUAUUGCUGGCUUUUUCUCAGAGUUCCACUUAAGUUUUAAUUAAAUUGUCCAAAAGUUAUGUUGUAAAAGCUGGAUGGUUAAGAUGACAGAGAACAUAAGAGGUGGGAAUGUAGUGAAACAAAGGGAACUAAUUACUGAGGAAAAGGCUGUAGAUAUGACUCAACUAGCAAUGAGUUCAGAAAGCCUGACAGCGUUUUGUAUAGUUUUAAUCAGUCUGAGAUGAAUGUUUCUGGUUCAAAAAGUGUUUCAUUAAAGCAGCUCCAUUUUUACACAAAAGAA